GUAGAUCACAGAGUCGGUGGUUUAUUUGAUGUGUUUGAGAACUCAUUUUUGUUCUUAGUUUUUGUCACAUAAACAAUCAUCGUGGAGUCUACGAUUGAAAACCUGAUGAUGAGCAGGCAGACUGCAUCUGGAGGGAAAGGUAGAGGUUUAGCCCCGCCAUUACCCAACACCAGCAGUACUGACCUAGCCAGCUACUUCGAGUGUCCCGUGUGUUUCGACUAUGCAUUACCACCCAUUAUGCAGUGCCAGAGUGGCCACAUUGUGUGCCAGUCCUGUCGGCAGAAACUGGCAUCAUGUCCUACAUGCAGAGGUCCUCUUGGAAACAUCCGUAACUUGGCCAUGGAAAAGGUGGCUUCCACAGUUAGCUUUCCUUGCAAAUAUUCCAACAAUGGCUGUCCUGUGACACUGCUUCAUACAGAGAAAACUGACCAUGAAGAAACCUGUGAAUUUAGACCGUACACCUGUCCGUGUCCUGGCGCCUCGUGCAAGUGGCAGGGCUCGCUGGAAAACGUUAUGCCUCACCUUAUGCAGUCUCACAAGAGUAUCACCACAUUGCAGGGUGAAGAUAUUGUAUUCCUUGCCACUGAUAUUAAUCUUCCUGGUGCAGUGGAUUGGGUUAUGAUGCAGUCAUGUUUUGGUCACAACUUUAUGUUAGUUCUUGAAAAACAGGAAAAAAUUGAUGGUUUACAGAUGUUCUAUGCUAUAGUUCAGUUGAUAGGGACAAGAAAACAGGCAGAGAAUUUUGCAUACAGGUUGGAGUUGAACGGACACAGGCGGCGGCUAACAUGGGAGGCUACUCCGCGAAGCAUUCACGAUGGAAUUCAGUCUGCCAUUAUGAGCAGUGACUGCCUUGUGUUUGACACAAACAUUGCACAGCUGUUUGCCGAUCACGGCAAUUUAGGAAUAAAUGUGACGAUAUCAGUGUGCGAGAGAUAAAGCAGAGUAAUGUAGAGGGAUGUUCAGUGUAUCUUGUACGUGUGUGUACGUGCUUUACAUUUUAAGCACCUUUGUCCCCGUAGAUGGAAGAUUGGUGUAUUCCAUGUGGACCGAAAUGUGUAAUACCUGUUUGGCAUCAGGUAGCGUUGUUGUCUGACAUCACAUGACCAUAAACCCAGCAUUCGAAACAAGAACUUGUGCCAUGUGCGCAGUGAAAAUCUGCUUGGGCAAGCAAAAUGUACCUCAAGGGUUGUCCAGUGGACAAGUAGAAAUUUGCAGUGCAGUUUCUUAUUGAGCAGUCGAAAGCGUCGCCUUGCAUUUGAUUAGAUUAAAACCAGCCACUUGUUUGGACAAGUGAAAAUAUUGACCGACAACUACUCAUCUGGUGGACUUGUGUAAUAUUAGUUUUAUUUCUAUCACUGAAACUGUGCCCCAUUUCAUGCAGUGAUUGUGGUGUUACUAUCAUGAUAAAUACUUACCACAGCAAGUGUCAUGUAUGUAAGAGGACGUAUUUACAGUCAGUAUUUUUUUUUUUUAAUGGGUUCUUGUUUAUCAUGCCAACUAUCAAAUGUGACAUAAGGGAGGUAACUCUUUCAUUGUGCAGUUAUUGUGGAUUUGCCUCGGUGGUGGUGUGGUGUCAUGGUUAUGCUAUAGGACAUAAGGCUGGUAAGUACAGGGUUCCACCCAGAACACGUUUUAACAACUCUAAUGGAUAGGUACCGGCCUCAGUGGCGUCGUGGUUAGGCCAUCGGUCUACAUGCUGGUAGGUACUGGGUUCGGAUCCCAGUCGAGGCAUGGGAGUUUAAAUCCAUAUACUGACUUCAAACCCUGAGC